AUGCCGCGCGAAGCCGAGCCCUCGCUCAAUGAGAAGCAAUUCAUCGUCCAGGCGCUAGGCGAGAAGCUGCGGCUCGACGGCCGCGAGUUUGACCAAUACCGGCCCCUCGAGCUUACUUUCGGCGACCAGUAUGGCGUCGCCAACGUGACGCUCGGCAAGACGAGGGUGCUGGCCAAGGUGUCGGCCGAGGUGACGGUGCCGUACGUGGACCGGCCGCUUGACGGCGUGUUCACGAUCGCGACGGAGCUGGGGCCGAUGGCGUCGCCCGCGUUCGAGGUGGGGCGGCCGACGGAGACGGAGGUGCUGCUAGCGCGGCUGCUGGAGAAGACGGUGCGGCGGUCCGGGGCGCUGGACACGGAGUCGCUGUGCCUGGUGGCGGGGCAGAAGUGCUGGUCGGUGCGGGUCGACGUGCACGUGCUGGCACACGACGGCAACCUGAUCGACGCGUCGUGCUUCGCCGUGGUAGCAGCGCUGCGGCACUUCCGCAAGCCCGACACCAGCAUCGCCAGCGGCCAACUGACCGUGUACACGCCGGCCGAGCGCGAGCCCGUGCCGCUCAGCUGGCUGCACUCACCCUUCUGCGUCACGUGGAGUUUUUUUGGCGACGACGGCGAGACGACCCUGCUGGACGCCACCUGGGCCGAGGAGCAGGUGCGCGUCAGCAGCUGCACCGUCAGCCUCAACCGCCACGGCGAGAUCUGCCAGAUCGCCAAGCUCGGCGGCGUCCCCGUCGAGGCCGUCGCCCUGCUCCAGUGCACCGCCGUCGCCCUGACCAAGGCUAAGGAGUUCUCCACAUUCCUCGACGGGAAGCUCGCCGAGGACGCCAAGCGGAGGAACAAGGGGGGCUUCAUGGCUGAGCUGUCAUCCGAAAACGAUAGAUAA